CAAAGAUAGAAUGUCAAUUAGUCUAAUUUUAAUGCUUUUUUUGACUUUUACCCUCGGCGGAAUAAGGGCAAAUUGGUAAAUUCAAUCCAAUGUAGUCAAUUCACAUUCAGCUGGCAUCCACCAAACUGGACUUGAUAAAAUCCUUAAGUACGUGCGUCCUCCACUCCACCGAACAGGACUUUAUCGAAAUUGAUGUCCCGCAACAAGACAAAUUAAGAUUCUGCCGAAAGCCCACAGUAAAUGUGAUUUCACAUUCGCACCCACGAACAACCUCUCUUCUUCGUACUGUCUCCACACCCCAAUGUCGUCUUCUUUCAAGACCUUCUGGAUAUCUCUGCAUCGAAAGAUUAAACUCUUUUUCCAACAAAUGAGAAGAAGAAAACACAAGAGACUGUCAUCUGGGAUUGAUCUGUUAACCUCAUCCUUCACAACCUUGGAAAUUUCCAACCAAUAUAGACAAGUUUUCAAGGUGAUGGACGCAAAUGGAGAUGGGAAAUUAUCAGCAUUAGAGCUGAGUGAAGUCCUUGUUUGCCUUGGUUAUGAUGAGUCGAAAGCCACCAAAGAAGCUCAAGUAUUGGUGUCCCAUAUAGACGACAACGGAGAUGGCUUCAUCGACUUGGAUGAAUUUAUGGAUGCCGUUCAUAGUGAUAAUAGCAAAGAAGACCAUCUAAUGGAUGCUUUUCUCAUUUUUGAUACCGACAAGAACGGACUCAUCUCGGCAAGAGAGCUGCGAAGAGUUCUAGUUAACCUUGGACGUGAUAGAUGCAGCAUUCAAGAUUGUCAGCGUAUGAUUCAAGGAGUGGACAAAGACGGAGAUGGGUUUGUCAGUUUUGAAGAAUUUCGUUCAAUGAUGACACAAAAUUGAACAUAAAAUCUGAUAGUUCCGUUCAGUGCAGUGGAGGUGUCUGUGUCAAUCAAAUAUGGAAACUAGAGUCACCAAAAUUGGAUAUUAAUCACAACAGAGACACGGCUUUUUCUUCCCGAUAAGCCAAAAACUUAUUAUAUAGGCCAAAAGACUCGUUCCCACCCAGUUACAGGUAAAACUCAAAUUCCUAUCCUCCAGUUUUUUUUUUAAAUUUAAUAACUUAUCAACCUUAAAAAAUUAAAA